AUGAAGCUAUCCACACCUCUCAUUGCUGCCGCAGCGGCAUCCUCGGCAACUGCCCACACCAUCUUCGUCUCCUUGAAUAACGGCGCCGUGGGCGACGGUGUUCGUGUCCCCUCGUACGAUGGCCCGAUUACGGAUGUGACCUCCAACGAUAUCGUCUGCAACGGUGGUCCCAACCCGACCACGCCGACCAACACAGUCAUCACCAUCCAGGCCGGCUCUUCAGCAACCCUGACAUGGCGCCACACCUUGACUUCCGGACCGAGCGAUGUCAUUGACUCAAGCCACAAGGGUCCUGUGAUGGCAUACCUGAAAAAGGUGUCAGACGCGAAGACUGAUUCUGGGGUUGGGAACGGAUGGUUCAAGAUUGCAGAAGACUCGUUUGACGGCACAAAGUGGGGUGUCGAUCGCCUCAUCACCAACCAAGGCAAGCAGACCAUCACGAUCCCCGCCUGUAUCGCACCGGGUCAGUACCUGCUCCGUGGUGAGUUGAUUGCUCUGCACUCUGCUGGCAGCUACCCUGGUGCGCAGUUCUACAUGGAGUGCGCCCAAAUCAACAUUGUCGCCGGCAGUGCGAGCAAGACACCUGCUACGGUCAGCCUUCCGGGCGCAUACAAGGGAUCCGACCCAGGCAUCACGUACAACCUCUACAAUGGACAGAAGGCGUACACGGCUCCUGGACCGGCUGUGUUCACGUGCUAG